CUACAGGGGACUAGCACCGUAUGAGGCAGCCAACACUAGGCAAGCUUUUAAGCAACUCUGAUCACUACUGUUUUUCCUGUUAUUGUUCAAAAUACUUGGUUUUCCUCUGCCUUUCAUGUGAUUGUAAUAUCCUGCAGUUCAGUCUGUGAGAACUUUACUGGUUUACUUCCUACGCGAACAAAACCAACAGUGAUUUCUGCAUUUUUGAAGGAGAUCUUAAGAUCUGGACUAUUGUGAAAGAAGUUUCCAGCGAGGCUCAGCUGUAACUUGAGAGAUGGAAGCUGAAUACAAGAAAAUUAUUCUACUGAAGGGAUUAGAGGCCAUCAAAGAUUAUCAUUUUGACAUAAUUAAAUCCUUACUUGCCUCUGAUUUAAAACUGACCAAAAAAAUGCAAGAUGAGUAUGAUAGAAUUAAGAUUGCUGACUUGAUAGAAGUAAAAUUCCCGGGUCCUGCUGGUGUCAACAAACUAAUAGAAUUAUUGAAAGAUAUACCAUCACUUAAAGAAAUUGUUGAAAUUCUUAGAAGAGAAAAGUCAAAAGUUGCAAAGAAAAUGAAAGCAAAAGGAACUCCACUGAAAAAGAAGAAGCAUGAAGAAGUAGGUCCUGCUACACCUACACCCACCACAAGUAAAGCUCUGGAAUCUGAAAGAGCAGGGGAGACUGCUGUAGGUCAGAAAAGAAAAAGCGCAAAAGAGGAGAUUGGAGUCAAAAGGAAUAAGGUGUCUCAGGAUCCUCCCUCUCCAUCGGGAGCCAGCACAGCCGCAGUCAUGGGCCAUCCACCACCUCCCCAGAUCUCAUCAACUCCAUCUUCUACUCCCCUAACCAAGAACCAGGAACUGCAAGCCAGAAGUCAGGAAGCUGACAGAAGAAAAGUUCUGCAUAACAGCCCAAUGAUAAUGAUGGUGCUGAAAGCAACAGAGCUAUUUGAAUAUGAGUCUCCAGGAAAUGAGAAAAACACAAUGUUUCAUGCUACGGUGGCUACCGAAACUCAGUUCUUUCAAGUGAAGGUUUUUAACACCAACCUGAAGGAGAAAUUCACUCCAGGGAAGUUCAUUACCAUAUCAAAUUAUCUUGAAUACAAAGGACUCCUGGAGGUGAAUCAAGCAUCUUCUGUAUCUGAAGCUGGUCCUGAUCAAAACAUUGUGGUCCCAAAAAGCAUUAUCAAAAUUGCAAAUGAAACUCCCAAAAUCUGUAAUCUUCAGAAGCAAGCAUCAGGAACAUAUGUGUACGGGUUGUUCAUGUUACAUAAGAAAACAGUGAAUAAGAAGAACACAGUCUAUGAAAUACAGGAUAAUACAGGAAAGAUGGAUGUAGUGGGGAAUGGAAAAUGGCACAAUAUUGUUUGUGAAGAAGGAGAUAAGCUUCGACUUUUCUGCUUUCAACUGAGAACAAUUGACAGAACACUAAAAAUGACGUGUGAAAUUCACAGUUUCAUCAAGGUAAUCAAGGCAAAGAAAAACAAGAAAAGUGACAUUAAUAAUGAUUUUAUCAAAGUUGAGACUCUCAUUUAAAAAAAUAGAUUCAGUUGAAAUAUCCCAGCCUAUUAAUACUUUUUGUAUCUGAGUUGUGAAUUAGGUUUAUUUCUUUAUAAGAGAUUAUUCUUAUGUUCUUUUAUAGUUUCUAAGAAUACUAUAUUUUGCAUCUGUAACAUAUAUAAUGUAAAAAAAAAUAAAAUUUCCUUUUUUAAAGGACAUCAUUCUCCAAGAA